AUGUUGCCUCGUGUUGCUUCUUUGAUCUCUUGUGCUGCCUUGGUGCUCUUUAUGGCCAACACAAGCAAUGCCGUCCCUUCAAAUCAAGAACUUGCUUUUGGUGAUGUCGAUGAGGCCUUUGAUCCUGAGACAGGCUUUGGUGGUGACUUUGUUCCUGAUGGCUUUACUGUGGACGGUAUUGACACCGACAGCGUUAUCGAUGGUGAUGGUGAUGACUUUCAAGUCUCUGAAGGAGACCUCACAAAACGUGAUCGUGGUACAUGCCCUCAACCUAGUGCCACUCUUAAAGCUUUUUGGGAUGAUGUAUCCUAUGGUCCGAAUGACUAUGGCUGUCACAAAGGAUAUUGCUGGUCCAGAUGCGCUGGUGGUGCUAGACUUUUUGGAUCAGUCGCACGAGAUAGCAUUUAUGAAUGGUGUUAUACAACCAAAGGACAUUCACAAGAUAGAGGCUAUAUCACGUGUUCGAAGAAAGAAGAUUGCUGUGACACAUGGAGUUGUGCAGGACCGUGUGCUGCCUUUUAG